UAGUGGUGGUGGUGGUGGUGGUGUUGAAGGUGUCGUCGUCGUCAUCGUAGUCGUCGUAGUCGUCCGUCGUCGGUUCUUGCCGUGGAUCCCCGAAACCACCCGCGUAUUCGGCGGAGCGCGCGCGCGCGCGCACGCUCGCUCACGCGAUAUAUAUUUACCGAUCGUAAUUGUAAAUAAUAUGGCGUACAAGUUUCGCGAGGAGAUCGUGGGAAAGAGGUUCCUAUCGGUUAGUGGUUUCACCAAGCUUAAGGUUAAUAAAAUCAUUGAGUGGGGGUGGCGGGCGGGGGUGAUACGUGCUGCCAGUCACAGGGAUAACGAUUGUCACGAUCUUCAGAUCCUUGUAGAAUACGACGACGUUGAGUGGCAAAGACGUGAGUGGUUGUCCCCUCAUAGGGAUGCAGUAUUUUCUUUUUUUCUUGUUGAAAAGGGCCUAUGUUGGGCCGAACGACCAGAUCCAAGACACGCCAGUCUCAUCGCCAUUGAUCAUCACAAUAACUCUAACAAUAAUCAUCACCAUAAUAAUCACCAUCAUAAUCAUAAUCAUCACCAUCAUCAUCAUCAUCAUCACCAUCAUCAUCGGAUCAACGGGAAACCACUCAGAGGUUCCACUGCUACUGCCAACACCGUUGCUUGGCCUGCCCUCACAUUUUAUCCUCUCGUGGCACGUGCCGAACUUCCGGAAGACGCAAUGCCGAUAGAAUUUAUGCAAGACCGUAGACUGGACUUCGUUGAUUAUUCCAAAUUAAAACCGUUCACCCAGGAAUGGGAAUUAACGAAGGGUAGCUUGCCCUGGGUCGGUGCUGUUCGAAGAUGGGCUGAAAUGCAGGACGGUCAGAGGAUCCUCUUGACGACACCAAGUGUCCUUGUUGGGUUUCGUGUUGAGGUUUAUCGUGCGGAAGGUACGACACAGUGGUACACUGCUGUUAUUGUUGGAUACAACGAAUCUACCAAGGAUUUGACUGUAACCGACGACACUGUAUUGGAAGAUCACAAUGAAGAUCCUAGUUUGGUACAAAUGCGUUUGAUCGGAGAUGGAGUCGUGGAGAGUAUCAUGAGGGGCGAGGUCGUCGGAAUGACACCAAGGAGGUCGAGGUCAUCGACUGCUCUGACGCACGCACUGGUCGUGCCCAGACCAGGUAGAAGGUCUCGUGGUCGUCCGGGAAACAACACAGCACAAUUGCAAACAACGCCAAGAGUUCAGAGUCCAAUUUCACAGCAUUUGGAGAAAGAUAAAAGUACACCAAGGAAUAAUCGUAGAAGACGAAUAAGCGAAGGUGUUAACAAAACAGAAAAGGAUAGUGAGCCUGUGUUAUCAUCAACCAGACAAGAGGAUCGUGAAAACAAGGGACCCUCAACUGGUAGAUUUGGUAAUCGUAUAUCACGUUCGACGUUGGAAGAAACAAACAGUGGUUCGGGUAGCGCGACCAAGUUACGAAAACGUGCGGUUACGUUACGCAGUUUAUUGGAAAGUGUAACGAAAAGAACUGUUAGAAGGAAAUUGAGACCGUGCGUACAAAAGACAAAGAAGGAUAACGAAGAAUUAGAUCGUCGACGUAGCGUAGUUAAGACCAACGAAACUAAAGGAGGAGGAGGAGGAGAGGAAGAGGAAGAGGAAGAAGAGGAGGAAGUAGAAGAGGAACGUCUUAGUAGUAAUAAAUCAGAAGAAGAAGAGGAAGAAGAAGAAGAAUCUGAACAUACGGAAGAAGAAGAGAAACGUGAACACAACGAUCCCCUAUCGAAAAGACUGAAAACAAGUCCGAUUGGUCGAAAGUUAAGAUCGGAUCAUCGUAAGUCGAAGAACUCGGAAGAAUCUUUGGUGGAUCGUGUCGAUCCGGUUGAACAGAACACCAAAGAAGAAGAAAGAGAGAAGGAGCAAGAGGAGGAAGAGGAAGAAGAGGGUGAUCGUGAGGGUGUAAAAAGGCGGUUGGACAAGUCUGAGGAAGACAAGGAAAGCCAGUCGAGAGAACGAGAUCAGGAACCGGAGCCCCCACCUUUGGAUAGACUUGAUCCUGGAGGUAAGGUUACUUCGGAGAAUCCCGAAAUCACGUUAGAUGCACAGCAGAAGAACCUUUCGGAUGAGUCAAUUUUCGUGAAUGGCUCUCUCGUUGAUUCGGAUUUCGAGAGGAGUAGGAAGAAGAAGAAGGAGGAGGAGGUGGUCGUCGAUAGCUUUGAAAGUAAGUCGUUAAAGUUGUCGCCAAGAUCGUCCAGGUCGACGACGUCUCCAGGACGAUCGAAGGCUGCAACGAAGGAUUUUGUCGAAGGUGAGAAGGAAGGGGGAAAAGAGGGAAGUGAGGGUGGAGAAGCCGAGGCUGGGGCCGAGGCUGAGGAGGAAUCCAAGAGGAAGGACGGCGAGGAAAGACGGAAAAACGAUUGCAAAAAGGAAAGGAAAGAGGAGAAGGAAGAGGAGGAAAAUAAGGGUGAGGAUCGUGGGGCACAACGAUCCCCUCGAAGAACCGUGCCGAACAACGCCGAGCUAGGCACGGAAGAUAGCGUGGGUAGUGCUAGCGUUGAGUCGGUCGUCGAGCUGCUGGAGUCGAGUAGUCAGGACUCAGGCUCCGUGCUGGAGAGGCUGAGUCCACUUAGCAGCGGUGGCGGCGGCGCUGGGAGGCAGAACAAUUCGCUCCUCGAACAGCAACGGGAGCAAGAACGUAGUCGGCACAACGAGAGCCCUGUCAUUCUAGCCGAAAAAUUAAAUAAGCCUCCACCGCCGGUCGCCGGCCAUCAUCAUCAUCAUCACCACCAGUACCACCACCAGCAACAACAACAACAACAUCACCACCAACAACAGCAGCCAACAACACCAACAACAGCAACACCUACAACAGCACCAACCACAGGGACAGCAACAACAACAAGCGCACCAACAGCAACAACAAUCCUAUCACCAUCAUCCGGCGUAUCAUCAUCAGCAACAACGAUACUCGGCCGAUAG